CACGUCUAGUUCAUUAAAACACCUCUAUCUCUCUCUCUCUCUCUCUCUCUCUCAGAGUUUUCAUGCGCCACUGCGCUGCCAGCUAAAAUGCGCUCCAAGGACAAGAUCGCCUACUACUACGACGGGGAUGUGGGUGGUGUUUAUUUUGGACCGAACCAUCCGAUGAAACCGCACCGGCUUUGUAUGACACAUCAUCUUGUACUCUCCUACGAUCUCCACAAGAAGAUGGAAAUUUAUCGACCUCACAAGGCGUAUCCUGUUGAGCUUGCACAGUUCCAUUCGGCUGAUUAUGUUGAAUUUUUGCACCGGAUUACACCCGACACUCAAUACUUGUUCUCAAAUGAAUUGGCUAAAUAUAAUCUCGGAGAAGAUUGCCCUGUCUUUGAAAACUUGUUUGAGUUUUGUCAAAUAUAUGCUGGUGGAACGAUAGAUGCUGCACGCAGAUUGAACAAUCAACUUUGUGACAUUGCCAUAAAUUGGGCCGGUGGAUUACAUCAUGCCAAAAAGUGCGAGGCAUCUGGAUUUUGUUACAUCAAUGACUUGGUUUUGGGGAUCUUGGAGCUUCUCAAACAUCAAGCCCGUGUUUUGUAUAUAGAUAUAGACGUCCAUCAUGGGGAUGGUGUAGAAGAAGCCUUUUAUUUCACUGACAGGGUGAUGACUGUUAGUUUUCACAAGUAUGGAGAUAUGUUUUUUCCAGGAACUGGUGAUGUUAAGGAAACAGGAGAAAGAGAAGGCAAAUAUUAUGCCAUCAAUGUGCCACUCAAGGAUGGAAUAGAUGACACUAGCUUCACUCGACUUUUUAAGAGCAUUAUUUCCAAGGUUGUUGAAACAUAUGUUCCAGGUGCAAUAGUUCUCCAAUGUGGGGCAGACUCACUUGCUGGGGACCGCUUGGGCUGCUUCAAUCUCUCCAUUGAUGGGCAUGCUGAAUGUGUUAGGUUUGUGAAGAAGUUUAAUUUGCCCUUACUGGUAACUGGAGGUGGAGGAUAUACCAAAGAGAAUGUUGCUCGGUGUUGGGCUGUUGAAACUGGAGUUCUUCUGGAUACAGAGCUUCCCAAUGAGAUCCCGGAAAAUGAGUAUAUUAAAUAUUUUGGUCCAGAAUAUUCAUUGAGGAUUCCAAAUGGGCACAUAGAGAACUUAAAUAGCAAAUCGUACUUAAGCACAAUCAAAAUGCAAGUCUUCGAAAAUCUUCGUUGCAUCCAGCACGCCCCAGGAGUACAAAUGCAAGAGGUUCCACCUGACUUUUAUAUUCCUGAUUUUGACGAAGAUGAGCAGAACCCAGAUGAGCGCAUGGAUCAGCACACCCAGGACAAGCACAUCCAGCGUGAUGAUGAAUAUUAUGACGGAGACCAUGAUAAUGAUCAGAACAUGGAAGAUGUAUGAGUUGACACUGAGCACUGAGCACUGAGCACUAUGCAUAUUUUGAGGGAAGGGUAGCUUUUAGUUAGAAAGGAAAGAUGUACUUACUAACUAGAUUCUAAAUUGUGCAGUCCCUCCUUAUUAAAGAAAUGGCUGAAACGGACUAGCGAUGUACCUAUUCAUAUUGCUAUUAGAUUUCUUAAUAUUGUUGUAAAAUGCAUUGGCAGCAAGAAGAAUACUUUUAUUUUCUACUACAAUGGAAGUGGUGUUUGUUAUGUAAAGUUAA